CUCGACGACUGCAUAUCGUCCAUUCUUAUCAACAGUAUGCACAGUUCUUUUGAUGCACAGUUCUUUUUAACCCCACGUCUGGCGUUUGCAACUCUUUUCGAGUGGCCUUUACAUGACGAUUGGCGCAAAACAAUCCCAGAAACGCUGACGGUCGCAUUCUAGUACAAUCACCAGUCUCACCAUGUUGCAGCUGUACCUCCUCACGUUUAAUUGCGCGCGCGAACUCGUCGACCCCCAAUCCCUCGCGCCUUCUUUCUUCGAUGCCCUCCCCAAAGCAGCCCCGCUACCUGACGUCGUCGCCAUCUCCCUGCAAGAAAUCGCGCCCAUCGCUUACUCGUUUCUCGGUGGAUCGUACCUGAAGCCGUACUUGGACCGCCUCACAACAACCGUCCAGCUUGCCGCAGACCUGCACAGCCAUGGCAGCGAACAGCUCCAACACGUCGCGACCCGGAGUCUGGGCAUGACGGGCCUCAUGAUCUUCGCAAAGCCAAAGUUCGUAGAGAGAAUACAAUGGAUACAGUCGGCAGGAGCUGGCGUGGGGCUCUGGAACAUGGGCAACAAAGGCGCGAUCGCGAUGCGCAUUGGGGUGGCAUGCGCCGGCUACGACGACACACUGGAUCUCAGCUUCGCUGCAGCCCACCUCGCUCCCUCAGAAAACAAUGUGGAUGCCAGAAACAAAGACUGGGAGAACCUCGUAAGGAACUUGGUCUUCGUCAGUGGUGACGAGUCGUCAUACAGCUCCAGCGAAAGGGGGCGGAUGCUCCCGCCUUCCACAGAGUCACCCAAGGGCCAAAGUGGCCUCUUCACUGCGGGCAACCACGUGUUCUUCUAUGGCGACCUGAACUACCGCACACACGAUACCGGUCCAGAUCCAGAGACCCACAAGACUUUCCCACAGCCAUCAAUGCCUGAGUCGUCGCCCAAACAUUUCUCACGCUUGCUGGAGAGGGAUCAGUUGACACGAGAGAAGGAAGCCAAUCGCACACUACAUGGCCUAGAAGAACUUCCUAUCUACUUCCCGCCCACCUACAAAUAUGCUAUGCCAGACGACAAGACUGCCAACGGUCUCCAGCGCUCACUCGCCGAGGCCGAAGAGGAAUGGAAGUGGUCGAAACACCGCUACCCAUCCUGGUGCGACAGAAUCCUCUUUCUGCCUUCUCACCCAUCCGCAAAGCUCGAGCCGCAGGUCUACACAUCUUUACCUGUACAGCCGACUUCGGAUCACCGCCCGGUGGCUCUGUCGUUGCGAGUUGACGACCGUCCUGUUCCAAGGGACACGACGGAUGUUCGCUCCAGUCCUCCCUAUCCCCUCAACCCACGAUGGGAGUCUCGGCAGGCCGCUGGCCGACAGUGCGAGGUCAUCGUCGGCGUCCUCUCCUAUCUCGCUCUGACCAAGAAGGGCAACGCUGCACUCCUUGCCGUAAUUGCUAUGAUCAUGGGUAGUCUCUGGUUGGCGGCGUCGUUUAGAACAUGAUGAAAUAGCAUUCCUCCAGACAACUGAAAUCCG